AUGACGCUGGCGUCCUGCCUAUGCUCGAACGCAUGCACAAUGCAAAGUCAACAUGCGAUGAACUACGGUCUUUCUAUAGCAGUGAGUUGCCGAGCUUCAAGAAGGAGUAUCUUGGAUAAAUGGAUGGUUGCUGACAUACUUAAAUUAGCACGCGCCGCUAUCGAGGAUGAGUAUGCUCGGAAGCUCCUGGCGCUCUGCCGCAAGCCCCUUGGAGCACACGAGUCAGGAACGCUCCGGUCAUCACUGGACACUGUCAGAGGGGAGACAGAAGUAAUUGGCAAGACACACUCCGCAAUUGCAUCGCAGAUGAAGACCGAAUUGGAAGAACCACUCGCCGCAUUUGCUGGUGGAAUGAAGGAGAGGCGGAAGAUUGUACAGAAUGGCAUCGAGAAGCUUUUAAAGAUUAAGAUGCAGCAGACUCACGCUGUGAAUAAGUCACGAGAUAGAUAUGAACAGGACUGCCUUAGGAUUAAAGGAUACCUCGCCCAAGGCCAUAUGGUCAUGGGACAGGAAGAGCGUAAAAACAAGGCGAAGCUUGAGAAGACCCAAAUACAGCUGGCUUCAAAUAGUAGCGAAUAUGAAGCUGCGAUCAAGGUGCUGGAAGAGACUACUGGUCGAUGGAAUAAAGAGUGGAAAGCAGCAUGUGAUAAAUUCCAAGAUCUCGAGGAAGAAAGACUGGACUUUUCAAAAAGCAGUUUGUGGAAUUAUGCCAACAUUGCAUCAACUGCAUGUGUUAGUGACGAUGCAUCUUAUGAGAAAAUUCGAGUCUCACUAGAAGACUGUGAGGUCGAGAAAGACAUCGCUUCUUUUAUAAAGGAGAAGUCCACUGGACAGGAAAUUCCUGAUGCCCCCAAGUAUAUCAACUUUUGUCGAGGUGACUUGAACGACACAGCUUCUGAGGCGUCAGAGGAGGAAAACUACUCCAUUGCGCAGUUUCAACGCACUAUCAACCCUGCAUAUAGAAGCUCCUCGCCCCAGCCUUCUACUUACGAAUCACACCAUGACCCCGACUCGGAGCUUGCUCACCACAUAAUUCCAUCUUCUCACCCUGCUCAGUCAAGCCGCGAAAACACAAUGACACCCCAAAAGAAGCCCUCUGCUCCACCUCCAGCUUCUGGAUCUCCUGCGUCAGACCCACGAAGGAAGCAGCAUGUCCCUCCUAAUUACCAGCCAAGCCAGCAUGGUGAAAUACCGGCUAGUAUUCCCCAUAACGAGUAUCCAGCUGAUGGCAUGACGAUGUUCUGCCGCCCCGGGCCACCUUCAGAAAGGAACACUGCUACUCCGUCAAUUAGAGAUUCUCAAAGUGAUCUCUCUAACCCCACCUCCUUCUCGAGUAUGGAGCCGCCGAGUGGUCAUCAAUCUCCAGUUAAGUAUACUCCUGUCGGUACGCCGCCUGCUCCAGCUCCUGCACCAGCUCCUGGACCCGCUCCAGCCCCUGCCCCGGCCCCGGCCCCGGCCCCUACUCAGACCCAACCACCCAACUCAGCGACAUCAACAAAAGAGGUCCAGAAAAAACGAAGUGGUUUCUUCAGCAACAGUCCAUUCCGCAGAAAGAGCAAACAUGAAAAGGAUCGUCGGGCACAAUCUGUUGCUCCUGCACCAACACAGAAUCGCAGAACAUGGGCUGCACCACCUAAACAGACAAGAGCUCUCUUGGGAACUCAGUCGGACUUGGGUCCAAAGCAUCGGGCUCCCAGCCCGGAGCCUGUUGAUCCCCGAGCAAAUUUCCAACUGAACGUUGGAAACAACGUGUUUGACGUUGCAUCCCCUGACGCCGCUAAGGCAAGCAAGGCCAAACCUACAAAUGGGGAUGUUGACCCAAUUGCCCAGGCCCUCGCCGACCUGAAGGGUGUUGGAAAGCAGGCUUCUAUUCGUGUAUCUGCAGAUAGAUACGCAGGACUUGCAAGCCCAGCUCCCCCAGCGUCUACAUCUGCACCUGCGCCCGCCCCAGCUCAAGCGCAAUCUUCCGCUCCUGCUCCCGCUCCCGCGACUGCCCCCACCCCAGCUUCUGCACCAGCAUCCAAUAGGCCCUCUACUUCUCAUCGUGAAGGCCCUCCUCCGUCAUACAAGGAUACGUCCGUCAAGCGCCUAGAUGCGCCAGCGCCCGCUUUCACGGCCGCGCAAAUGCACAAAACCACCCGCAAAUAUGUUGGUCAGGCUCAAAGUCUCUUCAGCAAACCAGUUCGUACUCGGGAAAGAGCCAAUACUGUUGACCAGGUUAUCCCGAGGGCUACAUCCCCUCUUCCUAAGAGAUCUCCGAGUCCUCAACCACAGCAGAAUACUACUACACGCCCAGGCUCUCAACUCGGCAAUGCUCCUCAGCCAAGAACACCUGCCUAUAAGUCGGAGAGUAUGAAUAGUAGGUAUAGACAUUCGCACUCACAAUCUGCCACUCCUACGAAGAUUGUCCGGGAGCCCUCUCGUUCUCCUCAAUACUCCCGUCAAGCAUCUCCAAACGAUGUGAGGCCAGAGGUACGCAAUGAGUCUAGAACAGAGACUAGAAAUACUAUCCGAACUGAAGUCCGCAAUGAACCACCACGUAAUGAAGCAAGACAGGAGACACGGGCUGAGCCACCAAAAAAUGAGGUUAGAAAUGAAGUGCGAACCGAACCACCCCGACAGAAGUGA